AUGGGGGAUAUUGAAUCCGAUCCUGUCGCCCACGAGUCGCCUUCGAAGCCAGGCACCAGAUGGCGGCAACGACUAUUCCCAUUCAUCAAUCACCAGGCACAUGAAAACAACCGGCUGGCGCAAGUCCGGAGCUAUUCACAACGAUUUCUAAGCAGUAAAUGGUGCCACUACUCUGUCCUCGUUCUCGUGAUCCUCGACAUUUGCUCCAUCUUUGCAACAUUCCUGCUAGAACUGCAUCUCUGCGAGCACAGAUACGAUGAAGGCUUCGAUGUCGAGACAUGGACCCAGGCCAUCGAAGGCCUGGCCCAUCUUAGUUUAGCAUUUUGUUCGUUGUUUAUGGCGGAGUUACUGGCUCGUCUGAUUGCUUUUGGACCACGCUACUUUCUAUCAUGGUUUCACGCCUUUGAUGCUAUUGUCGUCAUCGGCGCUUUCGUCAUUGAACUCACCAUCACUGAUCCCAUGGAACAGGCGGGGUCCUUGGUGAUCAUCCUCCGCCUGUGGCGUGUCUUCAAGAUAGUUGGGGAGAUUUCCGCUGGUGCAGAAGAGGAGAUGACUGCCCUACAAAAACAAAUCGAGAAGCUCAAGCACAAGAACGAAGAGGUUCUCAAGGAGAAUCAUGACCUACGAGCGAAAGUGCAGACUGCCGCGAGGACAACCAGCAUCGAUGAUGCUAAUUCACACGACUCGGGUCGCUAAAUCACCCCAAGAGAGUUCAUGUACAGGAUUUGCCUGAAGGAGAUCAACGAGAGCAACACAAUAUUAGGCAUGAAUCAUUAUGGCAUUUGUGAUAAGUGGAUGUCAUUCAUUCUGAGGCUCGCUGAUGAUGCUCUUUCUGCAAAAUAUCAAAAGACAAAUGAAACAAUAACUGGU